AUACUCUUAAGAUAACGAACCUUUCUCGUCUUAUCAUUUAUUUUGAUAAGAUCUUUCACGCUACACAUACACUACACCUGAAUACUCGUAUAUAUUUAUUUAGCUUUUAGUAGCCGGAUAGUGUUGUAGUGAUUUUCCGCCUCUAAAAUGUUUUCCCGAUGGUUAUUCAGUUUGAUCGCGCUUAGUUUCUCAAUUCAAAUUAACGCCCAACCGAAAGCGGCCGUCGCUCACCUCGUAACUGGAAAUAUUACCGGCAGGAUUCAAUUUAUGGAAGUAGAUGGAGGGGUCCAAGUCACGGGGAACAUAACCGGAUUGGAGGUGGGAAACUACGGGUUUCACAUACACGAGUUGGGUGACAUAACUACAUGUGAUACGACCGGUGCGCACUUCAACCCUGACGACACCGACCACGGCGGGCAGAAUCAUACCACGCGCCACGUGGGAGAUUUAGGGAACGUGGAGUUUGUGGGAGGUGAGAUUCCGGUCGCUACGGUGAACAUUUUGGACCCGUUGAUAAGUUUGACGGGUCGGAACAGCAUCUUGGGCCGGGCGCUGGUGCUGCACGAACGCGAGGAUGACCUGGGCCAGGGCGGGCACGAGCUGUCGCUGAGCACGGGCAAUGCGGGCGCGCGCGUGGCCUGCGCCGUCAUCGGCAUCCUCACGCCUGAGGAACCUUGGAACGCAGCUGGUAUUGGUGCGCCCUCGCUAUAUGUGCUUUUUACGGUCGUGUUCCUUGCAAUUAAGGAUUUCAUGCAUUGAGUGAGAUAGAUUAAUUUUAGGAUGUCUUUUGUACGCAUUUUAAAGUGACGCCUUUAAAUGAUUAAUAUUUGUAUAGUCAAAUAAUAAAUAAUAAAUUAUUAGACAUU